AGGAGGGUCAGAGCCAGCGUGCGUGCCGGGCACGAGGGAGACGCGCGCCGCCCGUUUGGUUCGCUUGAUGAGGCGCGCGGCUGCUUCCUCCGCACGCCCCCUUCCACCCGAUGGCGCUCGUCGCGUGCCCGCUCUUCAUAAGCACGCCGCCCCCCACUUCCGCUUCCGGAAUCCUCGGCGGCUGCUGCUCCCCUCUCCCCCGCGCGCCGAGAUCCGCUGCCUCCCGGGGGCGUCUCCGCCGCCGCGCCAUGGCCGCCCACGGAGGCGAACACUCUACUACCUCCGGCGGCGGCGUUUCCUCCGCGCCCCCGUCGCUGCUUGUCUUCUCAGGCGGGACAGCAUUUAAUGGUGUUGUUGAAGAGCUGAAGAGAGUCACUACUAGAGUUGCGCAUGUUCUCCCUGUCUCUGAUGAUGGUGGAAGCACAGCUGAGAUUGUGCGUGUUCUUGGUGGACCUGCUGUGGGAGACAUAAGAUCAAGAUGUUUGAGAUUGUCUGAUGAAAGCACUUCCGAAGCCCUUUCUGUUCGGAUAUUGCUUGGGCAUCGGUUGCCUCUUGAUCCUUCAGAAGCAAAGUUGGAGUGGCACCGGAUUGUAGAAGGAGACCACUCUUUAUGGGAUGGAGUCUCUCGUCCAUACAGGGAAACAAUUCGUGCAUUUUUGGUCUACUUUCACAAUGAGAUCCUUCGACGAUCAGCUGACAUGUUUUGCUUCACCAAUGGCAGCAUUGGGAAUUUCUUUUUUGCUGGGGCACGCAUAUUCUUCCAGUCUUUGGAUGCUGCAAUUUUUUUGUUUUCACGCGUAUCACAAAUCCCUGCAGAAAGUCUUGUGCUUCCUGUUAUAUCCACAAAUGACAGACUUACUCUGGGAUGCGAACUAUGGGAUGGCACUAUCAUUCGUGGCCAAAAUGAAAUAUCACAUCCAAGCAAUGGACGUCGAGAAGUUGUCAACAAGGAUUGUAAUUCAUGUACUGCACUUCCUUCAAGGAUCAAGCGUGUGUUUUACAUGUCAAGUGAAGGUAGCAACCUAUUGCAUGAGGUUUUCCCUGAAGCUAACCAUACAGUUUUAGAGCAGUUAAGUAAGGUGGACUGCAUUGUCUAUGCUAUGGGAUCACUCUUUACAUCAGUCUGUCCAUCACUGGUAUUGUGUGGCAUUGGUGAGACUAUAGCAUCGAGAUCCAUUCCCAAGGUACUUCUUCUAAAUGGAUCACAUGACAGAGAGACUGCUGGGCUGUCUGCUUCUGGCUUUGUCACUGCAAUUACUGAUUCUCUAAACAGAACGUAUGGAGAUCCUCACAAAAGCCUGAAGAAUCGUCCCAACGACUACGUAAAUGCUAUAUUGGUUCCAGAAGGGGGCCAAGUUCCUUUAGAUGUUGAAAAUUUGGCUUCUCAAGGAAUCUUUCAUGUGGUAACUGUGGAGUCUAUACAUGACACAAAGGUGGGUGUCAUAUUUGAUCCACGAUCAUUAAUCCAAGCUCUGACCAGUCUGAUAUCUGAACACAUGCACAUGCGUCUCACAGAACCUGAACAUCUAACAGAAAAUGUAAAAUCUCUAAGUUGAGCUUUCAAGUUCAAAUUGUGAGAACGGCAAUGUUCAUGACUUCAGGUUCAUGACUUCUUAUAACUUUACUAUUGCCAAGUCUAGAAGACAUGUGACACCUUUUUCACUUGCUUUGAAACUCAAAGCUUCUAGAAUUUACCACAAACUCUCUUGCAUUGCAAGUUCCUACACGAGUAUACAU